AUGCCUACCUCUGGAAUGGCUUUCUGGCUUACAGUCCAACACGACAAGGCUCCUCGACCAUGGCAACACAACCCUAAGCGGGACCUCCCCAAGGACUCCACCACCAAGUAAGUCCCCUACCUUCCCCCAUCAAAUAAUCCACCUUUCGAACACUGCCACCGACUAACUUCUCCAGGGACGAGAUUAUUGAGGAGGAGGAGCCCAAGAUUCCUAUUUCAGAGCGAAUCAAGACUUUCUUUUUCGAGCCGCGUCGCUAA